AUGGCGCGGCUCACCCCGCAAGUCCGGAUCGUCGAGGUUGGCCCUAGAGACGGACUGCAGAGCAUCAAAGACGCCAUUUCAACCGAAACAAAAGUCCAACUGAUUCAAAGACUGCAUGGUGCCGGACUAAGAGCUAUCGAGCUUACCUCGGUAGUUUCUCCUCGUCGGGUCCCGCAACUAGCAGACUGCCAGCAGGUCCUGGCAGAUCCCGUCAUCCGGGAAUUGCUAGCUGCCGAUCGAGAGGAUCUUCGAUUGCCCGUUCUUGUUCCUAAUACAAGGGGACUCGAUGUUGCAAUAUCACACGGCGUGAAAGAAGUGGCUGUCUUUAUCAGCGCAACAGAGGGAUUCAGCAAGGCAAAUAUAAAUGGUACAGUCCAACAAGGAAUUGAAAGGGCACGCAGGGUAGCUCGGAAAGCUAUAGACUCUGGAAUUGCAGUGAGAGGCUAUGUAUCCUGCAUCUUCGUGGACCCAUACAAUGGCCCGACCGAGCCAUCCAGUGUGCUGCGCUGUGCAAAGGAGCUGCUUGAUAUGGGUUGUUACGAAGUUAGUCUUGGUGACACAACAGGAGCUGGUACUCCGGCCAAGGUAACUAGUCUAAUCCGGUAUCUCGAGAAGGGUGGAAUCCUCCUGGACCGGCUAGCUGGCCACUUUCACGAUACUCAUGGACAGGGCACCGUCAAUGUUCUCCAAGCUUAUCUCUGCGGAAUCCGUGUCUUUGAUGCAAGCGCUGGCGGACUUGGAGGGUGUCCAUUUGCACCCGGUGCAAAAGGGAAUGUUUCCACGGAGGAUCUUGUGUUUAUGUUCCACAAUGCUGGUAUCGAUACCGGGAUCAACCUAGCCGAGCUAGUCGAAACUGGCAAAUGGAUAGCAGAUCGGCUCAGGCAGCCGGGAAGCAGAAGUAGCCAGUCAAUGAGAAAUAUUCAGCCAAGGGGACGAGAACUACGGUUGCCCGCCUUUCGAUCCAUGCUAUACAUGAAGAAGUCGUGGCCGCGUCCCAAACCAACCACCAAAAACAUUCAUUUUUACCAGACCGGAGAUGAUAUCAAGAUCGUAUUGAACCAACCAAAUAGCGGAAACGCGCUCACAAAACUGAUGAUUUCGGAACUGAUAGACUGCUUCAGAACUCACAAUUCCAACCCCUGUGUUUCUCGCAUCAUCCUCACGGGUACCGGAAGAUAUUUCUGUGCUGGCCUGGACAUUCCAAGGAGAAACGGUAUUACUACACAAUUCGACGAUCUCAUGCAACUAUUUGAAACAAUAGAUCAAUCUCCAAAGACUGUGAUCGCCUGUCUCAAUGGACACGCUCGCGGCGCAGGAGCUGCCCUGGCUUUUGUCUGUGACCGACGUAUCAUGGUCAAAGGCGCGACCAUUGAGCUCGGCGAAACAAGACCAAAAAAAUUCCCGGGCCUCGUAUACCGAUAUACCGGUUUGGGAUGGAAUAGCAGCACGUCUGGUUUAUCAGCACGGCCUAUAAACGGAUCAGAACUGAAGAUUUUGGGCCUGGUGGGCGAGAUCGCGGACGGACAGGAAGAUCUACAGAUAAAAUUAGAAAUGUACGCGAACGGACAAGAUGUUUCGGAAAAGGUUCUUGUUCCGACAGCAACGAAGCUGAGUAUCGAAAGGACUGGAAGUUAG